GUGCUCGAUCUCUCACCCCAACGAUACUCAUAAACAGCCGAAAACCCGAUAUUUCGGGGGUACAUGGAAGGAGUCGGGUCCCGACUAGGCCGGGCAUCGUCCCGUUACAGCCCCGCUACCGUGUUCAACGGUCCGGUGAGAAGAUGGAAGAAGAAGUGGGUCCACGUGUCAUCGUCGUCAUCGUCCACCGUGUCUUAUCACAACUCUCAAUCCAAUGGCCACAACAGCAACACCGGCUCUCGCCUCCUGCUCUGUAAAUGGACCCCACUGACCUCCGGCGACGCCGAGAGGAGCUUCGGCAAGCCGGAGGAGCCGCCAAGAAGGAAGUUCCGGUACACUCCGGUUUCUGUGCUAGAGGAACAGAAAAAGGAGGCUGCAAGAAAGGCUGAAGGUGGAGUUCAAGCCAGCAAUAACCAAUCUACAACAAGGCCAACAUCCAAGAUUGAUGGUUUUGAUGGGAAGUUUAACAUCAACAAUAUUUUAAUGGAAGAAUCUGAGGCAUCAGACAGAAAUGUUCUUUCCCCACAAGAAUCGGAAGGCGGCUUAGACUUGGGUUUGUGCUUGAUAGGCCAUAAUGACAGCAAUGAUUCUAAAGAUGAAAACAAGGAGGGGGUGUUGGAGAAAAUGGACAAAGGUGGGCUAAGGGAAAAAAUGGGUUGAUACACAGAAGUUGUCAUGCACUAACAUCAUUUGGCAACAUGUAAUGGUGCCCAAUGCAUAUCCUACAAUCUUGCUUUGGGAAAUAGGGGAUUGGAAUGUAUCUUCAUCUUGUAAUUAAAUUAUAGGGUUGGUUUAUGGUUUCUCUUAAUUUAUAGCUUAGGCUUUGAUAUUGCCACCGGUACACAGGGAAAGAAGGAUGUAACGCAGUUACAUUAUUUUACUGCUUUAUGUAUGUAAAUUAUUCUGCGCAGCAGUCAGGCCUCUAGUGCACCAUGAGGGUCAUUAUUUAUUCAUAUUUUGGCACUUUCUUGCGA